AUGACGACUCGCCCCGGAUAUCUCAGGGCAAAGGAACGACCUUCUUCGGCGAUCUACAUCGGAGCAGACAUUCCAGUGCUCUCACCUCCAAGCCUUCCAGAUCUCCCAGAACCACCGAGCCCCGUUUCUAGCGUGGGCUCACGAGGAUCUGGUUUACCUUCGCCACCAGCAACUAAUUCUACCGGGAGUGGAAGCACUGGCGGCGACAACGACCGUAGGACCACUCACGAAGACGACUUCCACUCUCGGCGGCGCCCUUUUUCCAUGAACUCGCUCAACGAGACCAAUAUAAAGGCUUUCCAAGAUGCGAUGGCUGCAAACCUCGAUCGAGACGGAAUUGACGAUGACGAAGAUGAUGACCACAACGACGGCGAGGGCGAGGAGGACAAUACAGCAAGGCUGGACCGUAUGCUUUCAAUCCGUUCCAGCAAUCAGGAAGAAUCCGCUUUGCAACGUGUAAAGUCUCUCACCGAACGCAAUCGCAUGACAUUAAACAAAAUCACGGCUUUUUCACGGCUUUCGUCACCAUCCCCAGCACCCUCGCAAAGGCGGCGGUCUCCACCACCAGCAAACUCCGUUUCUUCAUCUUCAUCUUCUUCGCAUACCGCCUCCACACGUCAGUCUGCAUCAGCCUCAACAUCAUCCUUAACACGCUCGUCUACGAACCGCCCACGUACAUCUGACUCUUCGACCCUUCACGGUCGCUCGCAGUCAUACGCAUACGACCUUACCCCCGAACAUCUCUCUGGGUCCGAAACUGAGCGCGAGUCGACCUCCCAGUAUACUCAGUCCUCCUCUUCCUCACGGCAGGCCCAGAUUGAUAAUCUUGCGUCUGCGGGCUCAACAUCCCGAGCCCAGCUCCCACCGCCCUCAUCGCGGCCCCAUACUCCCCCACCCACUCAACGCAGACGCCUAACGUCAGCACCUUCGUCACCUGCCCGAGUACGCGAUCUUGCAACUUCAUCGUCUAAUAUCGGGUUGUCCUCUCGUACGCGCUCACCACGGAAGCGAACAUCCAUGGCACUCACAGCUCCUGACCCAGACAACAACUACAACGACAAUUAUUAUGAGCGAGAUGAUGACAACCUCAGAGGAUCUCGAACCAACUCCAGGGUUGGCUUUGUUGACCAUGACAAUCCCAUGUAUGACGACACUGGACAACGACUCGGUGGUAGGGUUCCAUCUCGCACUUCUACCUUUGGACGGCGGACUUCGAGGCAGCCCCUUCCAAGGGAGUUUCGUGACAAUGCAUACGAUAUUUCGCAAGAGGAUGAUACUCGCAUGAGUAGACAGCAUAGCUUAGAUGGGAGCAUUGCUAACGACAGUGGCGUGGAUGUUAGCAGUGGCAGAUCUGCUUCGAGGGCCAAUGGGCAGCUUCCUCCCGAACCCCCGACACCCCAUCGGUCCCAUUACCCCUCGCGGCAUGUCCAGCAGUCUCCUCGUCGGGCAACGAAUCAGUCAAGUAUGCGAGACCCACAGAGACGACAACAAACAAGGUGGCUCCCAGGCGAUGUCAGCUUUGCUGAUGAUCAGGGUGACCUCACGACGGAUAUCCAAACCCAACAUGGUAGACGCCAGAGUCUCCGAGGUGGAAGUGCUGAGAGUGCACUUGGACUUGGUUCAGGGCGGAGUCUUGUUGGAGAGGGCCUGAGAGCGGCGGGUUUGACUAAGAGAGAUGUACCGGAACCUGUUCAGAGGCGCACGACAAGGGAAUCACACGAGAUAGAUUCAGCAGUUGAUCGCGGAGGCCGACCGCAGAGUCGCCUCAGUGGUAGCACGAGUUCAAAUCGUUACAGCGACAGCUUUCGACCUUCCUCUCGUGCACAUGGACAACUGUACAAUGACAACGACUUUCGUACACCAGAGCAUCCCUCUGGCGCUGAUAACGCCAGGAGAGUUGCCACAGCCCCCAGAGCAGCAACGUCGAUGGCAUCAUACCGCGCUUCGUUUGACGGCACGAGUUCUGCCAAUCAUGUCGAAGAUGAUUACGAAGAAGAACCGAGGACAGCGCCUCUACUACGGACAUAUAGGAGUAGCCUUGGUCUGGAGAAUUCGAGGGCAGGAUCUGCGCUUGGUCGCGCUCACCCAGAGAGGUAUUCGAGUCCGUUUGGGAGUACACGGAGAAGAGAGGAUGGAGGGCGAACGAUGGGUGGUACUUCAUCAAGAGAACUCGGGAAACAUGCCGAAUUGAUGAAACAUAGCUUGGAUGUUUUUGCUUCGAACUUGGAGCGUUUGGGGCUUACUGAGACUAGCGGACCCGCGGCCGACCUCGUGAAGAGUGCGCAGGAUAUCGUUGGGGCCUCUGAACGAUUGAACGAGUUGAUGAAGAGCGGGACCAACAGGGCAUUGACGGAGCAAAUCGAUGCUGAAGUUGGUGGGAACAGUAGUAGCGACGUUGAUUUGGUGGAAGUGUGGAGGAGCGUUGGCGGUCAGUGGAGAGAUGGGUUGAGAGUUAGUGAUGAGUUGGUAAGGAGUGUAACCAGCUUCUUGCUCGGUGUUGGAAGGGUGGUGAAGGAGCUUGGUGGCGAAACCGGAGGAGGGUAUGCCGGUGAUACGACGCAUGGGAGGAGUGUGAGUCUGGAUGAGGAAGCACUUGCGAGGGCCGCGAUGGAUUCAGAGGCCACUACUUCAAGUGGUGCCAGUGGACGCCGUAGUGUAGGAUCAAGUAGGCAGAGCUGGGAACCUCCGCCGAGGGAUAGGGAAUGGGAGCGGGAAGAGACCCUGAAGAAGCUAGCUGGUGGGGACUCCACGCAUCGCGAGUCACCGAUGCCUCGUCCUGGUUCAGGUCUCCGUAACGCACGGACACAAAGGGAGUCCCCCUUACCCCAGCGACCAUCUGUCUUGCGCGUUUUCAACACGGAUAGACAGGAAGUCGCUGCUACCCCAGUUCGUGCGCCGGCGGGAGCAAGGAAAGUGGGGCUAGAACGACAGGCCCCUUCCAUGGUCCCUUCAUCAUCAAUGCGCCGGGUAAGUAAUUCUCAAGAUAGCCCCAUGAUAGGCACCAGCGAAUCUCUGGAGACCGUUCAAGGAUAUGAGCCUUCUCCUACACCCGCCUCCCGUACCCAAAAUCCGAGCGAUCGCAUACAACCCCUCACCCACCGCGCAUUGACGGCGAGCGCGCUCAAUGCCCUCAACAAUUCUGAGCGCAACACCCGUGCCGGAUUAUCCCCGCUGGCAAUCCCUCCUCCCCUUCCGAAGCUCAAGUCUGAAUCUCCGUUGCAACGCAGUCAUACCAUUGCUACAGAUCGCUCUUUCACGAAGCCAGAACGUGAACGACGACAUAAGCAGGCUACUGCUUCAACUUCAACUAUCCGCCCCCAAUUCCCCGUAACCCACACAAAUCCUACGACUGCACUGAGUACGCACAGUUUGACCGCCUCGCCCGAAGACCAGCUGUUUCCUAUAUCGCGGAGCAACUCUGAACGUUCAGGAAGAUCUGAUGCAGCACGGCCCCAUGCCUCGGCGACUUUUUCACGACCUUCCACAGGGUCGACCGCUCUGACUGGUUUGCGAGAUAUAGAUCAGAGACAGAGGACCAUAUCGAACUCGGAGGAGGUAACAGACGAGCCGAAGGCCAACGGUACCACUGGGCCUUCUACGCGUGCCGUGAAGGCCGUCGCUAGGGCGUAUGGUCCCAUGACACCCUUAUCCGGGUCUGAGACGGAACGCGACACAAGGCGGAAGACUAUUGGGACUCGUCAAGGUGGACGCCCAUCACUUGAGGGUGAUAUAGGGCCAGGUUGGCGGUCUGGACAAUCCACCAUUGGGCAAGGCACUUUACCCGCAACAACAGGAAGGGCAAGAAGACAGACCGUUACUUCCCUUUUCGACCAAAGCUAA